AUGGCCAGCUUGCAGCCCAGCGGGCAGAGGUCCGCCGCGUGCCGCUCCAAGUCGCCUCCCGAGACGCCGCUGCAGGUGAAGGUAGUGGGACUCUUCAAAAGCUCUAGCUUUCAGAUCGCGAAGAACACAGCUGAGACUCUGAAGAUUAAAUUUCCAUCCAAAUUUCAAGAUCCUAUACUAGUUCCUCUUCAAGAAUUUGCAUGGCAUCAGUAUCUACAGGAGAGAAAAAGGGAACUCAAGAAUGAAAUUUGGGUAUAUUCCUCCUUUGUGAUGUGUUUUGUUAAUGAUCAACUCCUCGGUGAUGCACUUGAUCUUCAGAAAUGGGCCCACAAGAUAUGGGAUGUCGUUGAUUUUAAACCCCCUGCACUUUAUGAGGCACUUACUGUGGAUUAUUCUACCAAAUUCUUAAGAGACACCAAGCAUGAUUUUGUUUUCAUGGACAUUUCUAUUGAUUAUUACCCAGUGGGAAGAUUGAUUUUUGAGCUAUUUUGUGAUGCAUGUCCCAAAACAUGUCGAAAUUUUCAGUUUUUGUGCACAGGAAAAGCAGGGUUUUCUGAAAGUGGCAUCAGAUUACACUAUACAGGCUCAAUUUUUCAUCGCAUAGUAGAGAAUGGUUGGAUACAAGGGGGAGAUAUAGUAGCUGGAAAAGGAGAUGGUGGAGAGUCCAUUUAUGGACCAACAUUUGAAGAUGAAAACUUUUCCGUUCCUCAUGAUAAAAGGGGAAUUCUAGGAAUGGUCAACAAAGGUCAUCACAGCAAUGGGUCACAAUUCUACAUCACCCUACAGUCAACUCCCUACCUCGAUAGAAAAUAUGUGGCUUUUGGGCAAUUAAUUGAAGGGACAGAUGUUCUUCAAAAACUAGAAUUAGUUCCAACACAGAAUGAAAGACCAAUACAACAAUGUAUGAUUAUUGACAGUGGAGAUCUUUAUACUUGAUUUUCAUUCAAUAUUUUUUAUAAUGUAUUUUUAUGUCU